GUUGAAAACAUCGUAUUAUCUCGAUUACGAAAAAUGGCACGUACUAAGCAAACGGCUCGUAAAUCUACUGGUGGGAAGGCGCCACGUAAGCAGUUAGCCACCAAAGCUGCUCGUAAGAGUGCCCCUGCUACUGGUGGAGUGAAGAAGCCUCAUCGUUAUAGGCCUGGAACAGUCGCUCUUCGAGAAAUUCGUAGAUAUCAGAAGAGUACGGAACUGUUGAUCCGUAAAUUACCAUUCCAACGUCUUGUUCGUGAAAUUGCACAAGAUUUCAAGACGGAUCUUCGAUUCCAAAGUUCUGCUGUUAUGGCUUUGCAGGAAGCCAGCGAAGCAUAUCUUGUUGGUCUGUUUGAGGACACUAACUUGUGCGCUAUUCACGCCAAGCGUGUCACCAUUAUGCCCAAAGAUAUCCAACUUGCUCGUCGCAUUCGUGGAGAGAGAGCUUAAGCUUUCAACGGCGCUGUUACCUUACCAAUCGGCCCUUUUCAGGGCCCCAAUUUUCUU